AUGUUUUCCCACAUUAGAUUACACCUGCGGCCGCGCACGAUGCACCCCAAGGCGUUUAUGACCGAUUUAAAUCCCGAAGCGAUGGCCCUGCGAGCAAGCUUGACCUCGAUGCAGAAGAAGCUUCAAAAGCCUGCUAUUCUUCAGGAUUUGGAUGCAAGCAUUCCCCUUCAGAUGGGUGAUCAUGUCGUGAGGGCGCGGUCACUGUGGAACUUUUCUGUGGUGGCGCGGGGCAACAAGCAUGCUCGGCGCUCACAAGGCGUUUGUGUUGUGGGGGGAGCCAAAGCGAUUCGCCGAAUCUGGCGGGAUUACCGUGUUCCCCCAAACGUAGUGUAUGUGCCUAAUACGGAGCCCGAGGUGCCGUCAUGGUGUCUAGAGGAGAGCUUGCCGUCUUUCAUUGUUCGCUGUCCUCCUGUGGAAGUAAAAAAAAACCUGCUCAGCGCUGAGUACAGCGACGGAUAUGCGGCGGAGUUCCCGUGGCAUCCCUCACAGCUAAGUCCUGCAGCCUCACUUUUCUCCGAAGACCACACGGCUGGAGAGGACUUUGCGGCGACGGGGGAUGACGCCGCUGCAGCAUCGCCAUAUGACAGACGAGAUGCUAGGCUCAUCAGGUCUAUGCUCGUACUUGUGGGGCUUCGGAUUCCAAGCAACGUUGGCAUGCUUUUGCGUGCCGCGGUGGACCUCAAGUAUGAUAGCGUGCUCUUAAUAAACAGUGUCGACCCAUUUCAGGAAAAGGUGGUUCGCGCGAGCGAGGGUGCAGCCUUUUCGCCUCGCAUGCAGCUCUUUGAAAUGCCUGACACAGCUUCGUGUGUUUCGCUUUUGAGUAACGUUGCUUUACGGCACCACCUUUUGCCCCUUAUUGCAGUACCCUCGCAAGGGGUAAAGCAGGCGUUUGAAGUUGCGAAACAUUUUCACGUCCAUAACGCUCGACAGAGACAGCGUGUGCAUGCGGCGUUGACAUCGUCUAUUCCAGCUGGUGUUUUAGGGCCAAUGUUGAUCCUCGGUUCCGAGUCGGGAGGUCUGCGUGGGCUAGACGAUGGUGAGUGGGGUUUACCCUACCAACUGUUGACACUACCGUUACCAAAUACGAUUGUUGACUCCCAUAACGUAACGGUUUCCGGCUCAAUUCUUCUCAAUCUCUUUAGACCCGACGCCGAAGCUCAUUUUAUGGAGUGUGUUGCCAUAACCGGGGAGUGCCUCUCGAGUGAAAAAACUAACGUCCCUUUUUGGGCAGAGCCCGAGGAAGUACCUCAUUUAUCGGAAAACUAGUUAUAAAAGGAAGACUAAUGCUUGAUUUAAGUUUUGUUCAAUUUACAAUAGAAA